AUGUGGGGCGGGGGGCUGAGUGGGGCCCUAUAUUUCCUCUUCAAGUUCCUGGUGAUUGGAAGUGCUGGCACAGGCAAGUCCUGCCUCCUGCACCAGUUCAUCGAGAACAAGUUCAAGCAGGAUUCCAACCACACCAUCGGCGUGGAGUUCGGCUCCAAGGUGGUCAACGUGGGUGGGAAGACGGUGAAGCUGCAGAUCUGGGAUACGGCCGGCCAGGAACGCUUCAGGUCAGUGACGCGGAGCUACUACCGAGGGGCGGCCGGAGCACUGCUGGUCUACGACAUCACCAGCCGGGAGAGCUACAACGCACUGGGCAAGUGGCUGGGGGACGCGCGGGCGCUCGCCAGCCCCAGCAUCGUCAUCAUCCUGUGCGGGAACAAGCGGGAUCUGGACACGGAGCGUGAGGUCACCUUCCUGGAGGCGUCACGCUUUGCCCAGGAGAACGAGCUGCUCUUCCUGGAGACCAGCGCGCUGACGGGCGAGAACGUGGAGGAGGCCUUCCUGAAGUGCGCCCGGAGCAUCCUGAGCCGGAUCGAGGCCGCGCUCACUGCUGCCAUCGCGUGUCCGAACAUCGGUACUGCAACGGCCAAGGGAACGGCGCGCAUGCGCAGAGCGUCGGGCGCGCCCACUGCUGCCAUCCCGUGUUCCCACAUCGGUACUGCAACGGCCAAGGGAACGGCGCGCAUGCGCAGAGCGUCGGGCGCGCCCACUGCUGCCAUCCCGUGUUCCCACAUCGGUACUGCAACGGCCAAGGGAACGGCGCGCAUGCGCAGAGCGUCGGGCGCGCCCACUGCUGCCAUCCCGUGUUCCCACAUCGGUACUGCAACGGCCAAGGGAACGGCGCGCAUGCGCAGAGCGUCGGGAGCGCUCACUGCUGCCAUCCCGUGUCCGAACAUCGGUACUGCAACGGCCAAGGGAACGGCGCGCAUGCGCAUAGCGUCGGGAGCGCUCACUGCUGCCAUCGCGUGUUCGAACAUCG